AUGGCGUUCCUGGCCGGGCCACGGCUGCUGGACUGGGCCAGCUCGCCACCGCACCUGCAGUUCAACAAGUUCGUGCUGACGGGCUACCGGCCGGCCAGCAGCGGCUCGGGCUGUCUGCGCAGUCUCUUCUACCUGCACAACGAGCUGGGCAACAUCUACACGCACGGGCUAGCCUUGCUAGGCUUCCUGGUGCUGCUGCCGAUGACCAUGCCAUGGGGUCAGCUGGGCAAGGAUGGAUGGCUGGGGGGUACGCACUGUGUGGCCUGCCUGGCGCCCCCCGCAGGCUCCGUGCUCUAUCACCUCUUCAUGUGCCACCAAGGGGGCAGCACUGUGUAUACCCGACUCCUUGCCCUGGAUAUGUGUGGGGUCUGCCUGGUCAACACUCUCGGGGCUCUGCCCAUCAUCCACUGCACCCUGGCCUGUAGGCCCUGGCUGCGUCCAGCUGCCCUGGUGGGCUACACCAUGCUGUCAGGUGUGGCUGGCUGGCGGGCCCUCACAGCUCCCUCCACCAGUGCCCGGUUCCGUGCCUUCGGUUGGCAGGCUGCCGCCCGCCUCCUGGUGUUUGGGGCCCGGGGAGUGGGGCUGGGCUCUGGGGCUCCAGGCUCCCUGCCCUGCUACCUGCGCAUGGAUGCGCUGGCACUGCUUGGGGGACUGGUGAACGUGGCCCGCCUGCCAGAGCGCUGGGGACCUGGCCGCUUCGACUACUGGGGCAACUCCCACCAGAUCAUGCACCUGCUCAGCGUGGGCUCCAUCCUCCAGCUGCAUGCUGGUGUUGUGCCAGACCUGCUCUGGGCCGCCCACCAUGCCUGCCCCCCACACUGAGCCACCUCUGGCCCACCAUGCUGGCCUCUCGACAGUCUUCUAGGACCAACAAUACCGUGCUUCACUCCUCCUGCUGGUCUUCGAGGGGCCGAAUGCCUGGAUGCUUCCAGCAAACAGGACUCCCCAGCUGGGAGACCUCAUCUGUUCGUCCAUUCUUCCCUGUGGACUCAUCUCUUCUACUCACACCUCGGAGCUCUGGCUUCCCCUCCCUGCAACCUUCUUUCAGGGUACUCUCCGUGUAGGCUAGAAGGAAACCUUUCCUUCCUAGGCCUCACAGUUUAUCCUCUGUGACCUAUGAGGGUAUGGCCAGAGCAACUCUGGGGUCAUGUCUGGCUCUGACAGUUGGAAUCCUACGAGCCCAGAGCCAUGAGCCCACCCUGCCCCACACAUAAGGUACACCUCAUGGGUGCCUUGCCCAGCCUUCAGCCCGUAUGUCCUGCCCUCUGUCUUUCUGCUCUGCAUGCCAGCCCUCCCUGCAGCCUGAGGCUCACCCACCCCUUCUCCCUUCUGUCCGGACACUGUGGAGUGAGGGGUUUGGGCAACAGGACUAGUCUCUUAUCCCAGGACCAUGGGGUAGGAGGGCAGCCGCAGCUACUUUCUCCAGGCAGCUAGCACAGAGACAAAGAGCUGAGUGGCCCUGCACUCAGGGCCC